AUGCUUAUCACAUUAACACGAAUAAUGUCUAGUCCAAUCGUUUCUAUAACAUCCUCUUCGGCUUCCAAGGAAUCUCCAGUAACAACGGAGUAUUUAGCUGAAGUAAUAAGUGAAGAUAUAAAUAAGUUAAGUGAAACCAAUGCAUUGAUUGAGUUCUUGCUUGCAAAGCUACAGAAGAAGUCCUCCAAGCAUAAAUUCUUGAUUCAAGCAACAAGAUUGAAAUCUCCAUCUUCAAUUGAAACCAACUUGAAUAUACUGACCAGUUUUGGUGCUGUUUGGGAUUCUAAUAGGGAUGGAUAUAUUAGUCUUAAAGUUGAGUUAAAAGGAGACAAUGAUACAGAGGCCGAGAAAAAGGGAGAUCUGAUUGAGGAAUCUACGGAGAAAGUAUUAGAGAAGAAAUUCAAUGACGAAGUGAAUAGUAAAGAAAACAAAAGUGAAGAAAAUACUUUAGAAGCUGGCCCUAAUGAUAAGUUCAACAAUGAAGAUACCGAAGACGUAUUGAGUACUACUGAUAUCAAAUCGGAUGAAGAUGACGACAUCAAAGCUGGUGAAGAGGAUGAUGAUAAGUUGAAAGAACAAUCGAGCGCUACAGAGCUUGAAGAUGAUGACAAAGUAAAGGAACCUGUGAGUGGUAUUGCAGAGUUAGAAGAUAAUGAAGAAGAUUUGAAGGAGGAAUUGGGAACUACGAACCCAAAAGAUAAUGAAAAUUUGAAAGAGGAUGUAGUGGAUAGUAGAAAACCAGAAUAUAUGGGGCGAGUUGAUAAAAUCGAAGGUACGGAUGAGAAGGACUUGCCAAUCUUAAAGAGAGAAGUUGACUCGAGCACUGACACUAUAUUAGUUUCUGUAUAUUGGGUUUUUGUCGAUUAA